UUCCUGUUUACCGCCUGUUGUACCUUCAGACUGUACUACAGAUUGCAACACCACUCUGCACUGCCUUUCUUCCACAACAUAUGUAGUCUUGAGAUUCCGCAGCCACGGGGUUGACUACCGCAUAAUUUAAAUCCGUUUAUUGGCAUAGCCCAGGUUAAUAAAUAGACAUGAAGACGUGACAUUGCUUAAACGUGAGCAGGCCAGGAAGGAUCCUGAAGAUUUCCUGACUCCAGGUGGUGCUGAGAGUCGGGCGUCACUUCAUCAGAUGUUACAACCGCAAACAAACCCGUGGUGAUGCGGAGGACUACAAGGGCCUGAAAUUGUCUGAAACGAGUAACGAGCGGUUUGAGUUCAUAUAAACGAGCAAGCUACGACUGGAAAGCUGAACUAGACUGUUAGCUAUUCGUGCUAACUGCGGUAGCAGUAGCCGCCGUGGUGUGAGAGGCUGGGCGUGCGGGCUGGCUAACGGCUUGUGUUUGGACAGUGGAGCAGCUCGCCGGUGCCCUGAAUUCAGGAAGACUCCCCGGCUCCGGCCCCCUCAAGCGGGCAGUCAGGAAGAAGCUGGCUGGGAAGGGAUGGCCUCGUCGGUCUUCCCGAUCCGAAGGACAAGGCUCUGCGGUGUUUGAAGGAGGCCGAGUUCGGCUGGAGGCCACCGCCGCAGGUCGAGGCGCUAUGAUGGCCGCCUCCCCCUCCGCGGCCGGCGGCUUUACGGCCUCAAGGCUGUCGGUCAGAAAGAGCGAGGAAAUAGCGGAUUUGAUAGAUCUGUUUUCCAAGAUGCAGUACAGAGCAAAGGAAGUCACUCCUCGGGUGGAGGCGAUAGAGAAACGUUGUUUGGAGUUAUUUGCCAGAGAUUACAAGUACAGUAUCAUCCACAAUUCCAAUGGAGAAGUUUGUGGCCAUUACCCCCGGCAGAUAGUUUUCCUGGAGUAUGAAUGCAGAGAUGCAGAGAGAGACAGGUUUGAGAGCACAGUGCAGAUCAGUAAGCUGCAGGACCUGGUGAACCGGAGUAAGCUGGCUCGAUGCAGAGGGCGGUUCGCCUGUCCUGUCAUCCUCUACAAUGGCAAGCAUAUUUGCCGGUCAUCCACUCUGGCAGGAUGGGGGGAGCUAUACGGACGCACGGGCUACAACUACAUCUUCUCAGGGGGCACUGAUGACACGUGGACGGAGUCUGAGGAGGUUCCAGAGGAUGACAGUGCAGUCAGAAACGGAGAGUCCCAGCUUUUUGACAAGGUUCGAGGCCACGACAUUAAGCUGCUACGUUACCUCUCGGUUCGCUACAUCUGUGACCUGAUGGUGGAGAACAAGAAGGUUAAGUUUGGCCUAAAUGUGACAUCCUCUGAGAAAGCGGACAAGGUCCAACGCUAUGCAGACUUCACCUUGCUCUCUGUGCCUUACCCAGGGUGUGAGUUUUUUAAAGACUACAAAGACAGAGACUACACAGCAGAGGGUCUGGUUUUCAACUGGAAUCAGGACUAUGUGGACGCUCCUUUGACAAUCCCUGUGUGCUUUACUCAAAACUUGAACAUCGACUGGACUCAAUACCAGUCGUGGGACCUGGUGGAGCAGACCCAGAACUACCUAAAGCUGCUGCUCCACAUCAUCAACAGUGAUGAUGAGAGUGGCCUCCUGGUGCACUGCAUAUCAGGCUGGGACCGGACGCCUCUCUUUGUGUCCCUCCUCAGGCUCUCUCUGUGGGCAGACGGCGCGGUGCACGCCAGCCUGGAGCCGGCCGAGAUCCUGUAUCUGACCAUCGCUUACGAUUGGUUCCUCUUCGGUCACAUGCUGCCAGAUCGACUCUCCAAAGGGGAGGAGAUUUUCUUUUUUUGCUUCAAUUUUUUGAAGCACAUUGUCUCAGAGAAGUUCUCUGCUGUUAAGAAACAGAGAAGGAAGAACUCCCACUUCAAAGACAGUGAUUUCACUGUGGAAGAACUCUGCCAACUAAAGUCGAGAGAACGCGGCAGUGUGACCAGUCUGAGCAGCGAGUUUUCCCUCAUCACUGAGGAGGCGGGCGGUGCCUCCAGCCUCACACACGACACUGUGGACCUGUUCUCCAGCCAACCCCAGGCCUCUAGCUGGAGGAAAGCUGCCACCUCCUCUCCCCAAAUGGUUAUUUGGAAUAAACAAAACCCUCUGGACGAGCACCUCUCCCAUCCACUCAACGAGGCCAGGUCUUCCAGCUCGUCCUCCUCCAACCAAUCAGAACACGGCACCACGCGCACAGGCAGCAGCCCAUUGGCUGUCCCUGGGAGAAGGUUAGCAGCAGACUACACUCGGUCAGGUUCCUCCCUCUCUACAGAGUACGGGAGUUGGCAGAUAGUUUCAGGUUGUGGCAGCAUCCAUGACCAUGCUCACUUUCCUCCGCCCCUGGCUUCAGUCUCCUCCACCACAUCUGCUGCUGCUGCUCCCUAUGAUUCCCCCCUGCCCUUCAGUUUUCAGGAUGAAGGACCCAGUGGAAGAAUGUGUCCCUUCCCCUCUGAGCGUCAGGCCCGUCUGGAGGCGGUGCGGGAAGUCUUCCUGGCAGCCUACAGCUCCACUGUGGGCCUCAAGUCCUCGGCGCCCAGCCCCUCUGGCGCCAUCACUGGCCUGCUGGAACAGUUCGCCCGCGGAGUCGGCCUCCGGGGCACCAACGCCAUCGUCUGAACCCUGCCAAUGUGACUUCAGACACUCCUUCUGCUUCCAUCCAUCCACAGUCGAUUCAACAUGUCUGGACUCAGUAUAAUGAAGUGCCAAACAUCUCUGUUCAGUUCAGGGUGAAGCAUUAAUGUUUUUUUUUCUUGAAUUUGUUCCUUACAUGUCCGACUUUGGGGGGGGGGUUGUGCUGCUUCAACUUUUCUCUGGACUUUUAAUCAUCCAUGUUGAGUUAAUCUGUCACAUUCAGGGAGGGUAAAUGGUUUCAGCCACAGUAUCAAAAAGGGAUAGUGAAAUGUAAAUGGCUGAGAACAUGGGGUCUGUACUGUUACAGGAAGAAUAUAAAGAAUCCUUCCCUCUUCUGUUCUUCCUUAACUUGUUCAUAGUUAAAAAAUCCCUAAGGAGUCCUUGCAGUGACCAUCCCAUGUACAGGAAGAGAUGUGUUUUUAGUUCUCUAGUUCUGUGAUGCUAUUUUUAACUGAUCCGGGCAGAGGAAAGUUCUUUUGUUCAGGCAGAUAAAUACAGCACUUACUGUGUUCUGACAGACAUGGCACCAAGCUUUUUUCGGUUUCUUAUUUGGCACAGCAAGUUGAAGUCAGAAUAUUUAAGUAGUUUUAGAGCUUGCUUUGAGGUCUGGACUUAAAGGAUAAGGACAAAUGUUCAAGUCUGUCUUAAUACAAUGUUCACAUGCCAUAUGUACGUUAAAAGACCUCCUGCUGUAAGGGAAACCCUAUGGUCCUGGAGAUGAAGCGACAAACAUAUCUAAGCUAUUUUUUUCACCUCGCCAGUCUGAUGUCUCCAUAUCCUCUACUUGUGUCCAUAUCCAGACAUUUCUUCUUCAGUAGCACUGACAUGCUAGCACAAGAGGCACUGAGCAUUGUGGUAGCAAAUCUAUGAACCGAAUGCCUUUUCUUUCUUGCCGGACUUCAGUGAAGCGAGGUCCAUGUGAUUCCUGCCUGUGCUGAGAUUUCCGCCCAGCUACAACUGUUUCUCAAAAACAUGUUCGCCUACUUUCAGGUCACAUUUGGACAGACCUUUCUACCUGGGCUACUCUUGCCUAGAUUUACACUUUUAAGUAAUUUUCUUGGGAGAAUUCUGUUGGAAGUUUUAUUUGAAACUAGUCUGUGUUACCAAACGGUUUUCAUGGCUGCUGUACCUCAGGACCUUUUGUUGUGCCUUUUUUUUCUCUUUUUUUUUUUUUUUUUUUUUAAUCUUCAGUAACACUGGAUCAGAUCUCUACUUCUUCUGGUCUAGUUUCAGGUGCAUUUCUGUUUCUUAAAUGGUUUUAAGAGCUUGGUGUUUGCAGCUGUUUGUUAAUGAAGUAUUUGACUGUGCAGAUCAUAAGCAGUGUUAGCUUUGCAAUAAAGCUUUUGGGGUUUCCCAAGUCGGAAUUUAGUUAAAUACAUUUAUUCAUUUUCUUUCCAAAAGUGAGAUGAAAAGAAUGGCACCAAUAUCACGUCUCUGUGUUACAGAGCUAGAGCUGGGGCUUGUUUAGCCUAGAUUAUCAAAGACACAGAAAGAAAGAGCUAUCUUAGCUUUGUUUAAAGUUUAAAAACAUGCAUACUAACACUAUUAACAUGUGGACAUACACAAACAGAAAUGUAAAAAAUGUCAGUUUGACAGGGCAUGGUGUAAUCUUUUCUUGACCAGUUUAUCUGUUAGCCCAGUAGCAGCAUUUCUGGCUCUAUAUAUUUCUGUUUAAGUAUGGGUUAAACAAACAAGAUAUGUGUUAGUCUGUCAGUAUCAGAGCUGUUAGCUGUAUUUUUUCCGAUUUGACAUUGUUUCCCUCUGUUUCUAGUCUUUAUACUAAGCUAGGCUAACCACGACCUGACUCCAGCUUUGUAUCGAUUUUCACAUCUCACUGUCAGAAAGAAUUUGAAUAAGCACAUUUCCCAAAAUAUUCAACUGUGCUUCUACCUGGCAGAAUUUGGGGUUCUGCUAGAUUCUAAGCCAAAUUCUGUAUUUUUAUUUUUUUUUGCUGUUGUUUUUUUGUACUACAAAAACACAUUUGCUGAGCUACCUUUUAAUCUGCGUGAGUUUUCAUCCCUUUUUUCUUGAUGCAUUAAUGAAUUUGUUAGUAUAAGGUUCACAUGUAUGAUCGCAUGUAUUAGUUCUCUGCAUGGGCAGUGGUUUAAUUUUGUACCCCUGACAGUAGAAACAUCUGUCUGGCUUUAUUUGAGACAGAGUCAGACUUUCAGGCAUGGCCUCACCUCCCUGUCAGUUCCCGGUUUAUUUUUUGGAUACCUUUCCUGAAAGAGUUCUAAUUCAGCCAGGGUUUCCUAUCAUUUGUUUUUAUUUUCUGCUGUCGGCCUGUAGCUGUUAAGCAGCCAAUCACAGGACAAUGGCAAAAUCACUGUCAUUUUGAAAUUGCUGAAAAUAGUAAUUGUAAGAAAAUUUCUCAUCCUGUUACUUCAAAUGCUCCCCAAAUAAUUUUCUCACUCAGUGUGUCACUUUUUACUCACUGGUUUUGCAUGACAUCCUCCAAGCUGAUCUCAGUUGCAGCAUAUUAUGGUUUUACUUGUUUUACAAAUUAAUUUUAGUUCAGAAUGUCUUAUUAAAAUGCUGCGUUGAUGUUCUCUGAGUUUUCUUUGUACAGUUGAUGCAUUUUUAGUAACUUUUUGUUAAUUUUUGGCUGGCUACAAUGAAAGGGGAACUGAGCAGCAGGUGGGAAUUGUGAAUAAAUUUUUUUGACUUGCUUCUUUCA